GCUGGCAGCGGCCGCGGCGUCCGCCGCACCAACCGAAACACCAUGACGCCCUCCGCCGCCCCCAGCCAGUCCAACCUGUUCUUCUCGCCCACCGCCGCCGGCUCCAACAACGUCCCCGGCGGCCGCGGCUCGACCUUUUUGCCGUCCGGCUUCUACGCCGCCGGAAACUCGUCGCCCGGCGGCGGCGGCCAGCAGGGCCCUUCCAUCAGCCUGACGAACCUGCGGCCGGACUCGAUGGGCUACCCCAACGGCUCGAGGGGCUCGCUCAUGGGGCCCUCGCCCCCGGACUCUCCGCACUUUUCGCCGCGGAGGGACAUGAGCAGCAGCUCCGUCAACCUCAACAACGCCCGCCAGCCGGGCCAGCGGGCUCCCAGCGCUUACCUCGAAGACUUGCUCGCUGACGAGCCCGGAAGCCUUCCCCCGCCCCAGAUGCCGCCUAGCACUGGUCCGAGGGGCGGUGAUAGUCCUCGGCGGCGAUAUUAAAUCUGGAU